AUGGGUGGUUGCAUGUCCUCAGAAGCGACCAAGGUCGAGAACCGCCGCACGUCGGACCCUAAGAAGCCUGUCGCCGCUGCGGCGGCUGCUCCCACGACAGCGCCGCCUGCUCAGGCUCAGACCGGAGCCGCUACGACCGAUGCCUCUGCUGCCGCCAAUGGAACGACAGCAGCCGUCGCCCCGGCAGCUGCGGGCCCGAACGGUACCAACAGCGCUACCCAGGGAUUGAGUGCUGCUCUUGCCCAGGCGCCCGAGGCCGCUGGCGCUGGCAACAAGACAGGGGACAAGAGUAACUCGAUCGACCGCCAGCUCGAGGAUGACUCGAAGAAGUUUAAGAAGGAGUGCAAGCUUCUCCUCCUGGGCAAGUCGACCAUUGUCAAGCAGAUGAAGAUCAUCCACCAGAACGGCUACACCCAGGAUGAGCUUAUGCAGUUCAAGAAUAUUGUCCACAAGAACGUGCUCGACUCGGCGCAGGCGCUCGUCAUGGCGAUGAGGAAGAUCGGUGUUGACCCAGAAGACCCGACGAACUGGACGCACGCCGACCGCAUCGUGGAGUACAAGGCGGACACGGAGAACGGACCGAUCCCAGCUGAGAUCUUUGUUGCUAUCGAGGCUCUCUGGCACGACCCCAUGAUCCCGGUCGUCAUGGACCGCUCGUCCGAGUUCUACCUCAUGGACUCGGCGACGUACUUCUUCGCCAACAUUCGCCGCAUCGCUGCCCCGGACUACAUCCCGAAUGAGGCCGACGUCCUCCGCGCGCGAACAAAGACGACGGGUAUCAGCGAAACGCGCUUCAACAUGGGCCAGCUGAGCAUCCACAUGUUCGACGUCGGAGGUCAGCGUAGUUUCGAGGCUGUCACGUCAAUCAUCUUCUGUGUCGCUCUCAGCGAGUACGACCAAGUGCUGCUAGAGGAGAAUGGCCAGAACCGCAUGCAGGAGUCCCUCGUGCUGUUCGAGUCGGUCAUCAACUCGCGAUGGUUCCUGCGCACGUCGGUCAUCCUCUUCCUGAACAAGAUCGACGUCUUCAAGCAGAAGCUGCCCAAGGUGCCCCUCGUCAACUACUUCCCCGAGUACACUGGCGGCGCCGACAUCAACAAGGCGGCCAAGUACAUCCUGUGGCGUUUCACGCAGACCAACCGCGCGCGUCUCUCUGUGUACCCGCAUCUCACGCAGGCCACUGACACUUCCAACAUCCGUCUAGUCUUCGCAGCCGUGAAGGAGACGAUUCUGCAGAACGCGCUCCGCGAUUCCGGUAUCCUCUAA